AUGAUAAAGGUUAUAACAACAUUUUGCCUUUUGGCUUUGCUUGGUUUAAGCAAUGCUGAUAUUCAGACAAAAAGACUUUUUGAGUUGCUAAAAUCAAAGAGAUCUAAAAACUCACCUCUUCCUAACACAUGGGCUGUUUCAGAUGAAACUACUGAGGAGUAUUCUCCUGUUUAUAUUUCACAACAAGACGGGUUAGCACAGCUAGAUAAGAUCUAUGCCUUGCCAGGCCAACCUGCAGGUGUUAAUUUUAAUCAGUACUCAGGAUAUGUGACAGUUAAUCAAAGUGCUGGAAGGGCUCUUUUCUAUUAUUUGGUUGAGUCUCCCACUGAUUCUUCCACUAAACCAUUGGUUUUAUGGCUAAAUGGAGGUCCAGGAUGCUCUUCCAUGAUCGGAGCCAUGUUAGAACUAGGACCUUUCAGAAUCAAUAGUGAUGGAAAAUCUCUUUUCAUGAAUGACUAUGCAUGGAGCAACGUUGCAAAUAUGCUGUUUCUGGAAUCCCCUGCUGGUGUGGGCUUCUCAUAUUCGAAUACAACUUCAGAUUAUGAUCAUUCUGGUGACAAGAACACUGCAAAUGAUGCUUACAUAUUUCUUGUUAAUUGGCUCGAGAGAUUCCCUCAGUACAAAACCCGUGACUUUUACAUUACUGGUGAAAGUUACGCCGGACAUUAUGUUCCUCAACUUGCUUAUAAGAUCCUUAGUAACAACAAAAUAACAAAUCAAACCAUCAUCAAUAUGAAAGGGGUCGCUAUUGGAAAUGCAUGGAUUGAUGAUGAAACAAGUUAUAAAGGAAUGUAUGAUUAUUGGUGGACUCAUGCUAUGAUUUCCGAUGCAACACAUGACGCCAUAUUGAAAUACUGCAACUUUGCAAAUGGUUCUCGAUAUGUAUCUGAAGUGUGCGGAGAUAGUACAGACAAAGCUUGGGAUGAGUGGGGAGAUAUUGAUCUGUACAAUAUCUAUGCACCAAUUUGCUUGAACCCUGAUCAACGAAAUGCCUCUGCUUCAACCGGUUCUAUAAAUGUAUUUGACCCUUGCUGGCAAUAUAUCCUGGUAGACUAUCUCAAUAACUCUGCUGUUCAAAAGGCGUUAAACGUGAAACCUACAUCAUGGGAUUUAUGCAGCGAUGUUAUCACACGCUGGAAUGACAGGGCAACUACCAUCCUUCCAAUAAUUAAGUAUCUUAUUUCAAAUGGCCAAAGGGUGUGGGUAUACAGUGGCGAUAUAGAUGGCCGAGUUCCCGUUACUUCUUCUAGGUACUCAAUUAACACCCUCAAUCUUCCGAUUGAGACAGCUUGGAGGCCAUGGUACCUCAACAAAGAGGUUGGGGGGUAUUUGGAGGCGUAUAAAGGACUACUUCUGAUAACGGUCAGGGGAGCAGGCCAUACUGUUCCAAGCUACCAACCACAACGUGCAUUGACAUUGUUCUCAUCAUUCCUUGGAGGGAUACUUCCUCCUUCCUCAUAA